AUGACUUUGCUGUGCUUUUUUGCAGAGGGCACAGGAAGACUCUUCUUUGAAUUCUACCGGCUACUUCAUGACACCAGACCGAAAGAGUGGGAAGACAGGCCUUUCUUUUGGUUAUUUGAAAAUGUUGUUGCCAUGGGAGUCAAUGAUAAAAGGGAUAUUUCACGUUUCUUGGAGUGUAACCCAGUUAUGAUUGAUGCAAUAGAUGUAUCAGCAGCACACAGAGCUCGCUAUUUUUGGGGAAACUUACCGGGAAUGAACAGGCCCCUGGUUGCUUCUUCAGCAGAUAAACUGGAACUCCAGGACUGCCUUGAGCAUGGUAGGAUAGCAAAGUUUAGCAAAGUUAGGACCAUAACGACCAGGUCGAACUCCAUCAAGCAGGGCAAGGAUCAGCAUUUCCCAGUUAUCAUGAAUGGGAAGGAGGAUAUUCUGUGGUGCACAGAACUGGAGAGGAUCUUUGGCUUCCCAGUACAUUACACAGAUGUGUCAAAUAUGGGACGAGGAGCCCGACAAAAACUUCUUGGAAGGUCAUGGAGUGUGCCUGUUAUUCGCCACCUAUUUGCACCACUGAAGGAUUACUUUGCCUGUGAAUGAUACAGUACAGUAUGAUACCUUUCAGGAAUAUAAAGGUGCUUUUACAGAGAAUGAUCAGUCAUAAAACAAAUUCAGACUAGUUUUAACAUAUUAGUAUACUGUGACGCAAGAAAUUUGAAAGGCAUUAUUGUGAAGGUUGCAUGCUGUACAUUUAUGAUACUGUGGCCAUUAUUCACAGUCACAACUCAGGACAGGGUAGGUAUCAAACACACCUACCACAGUUGUUUUAGCUUUUGUAAUCUCAUCUUUUAUACAAAGAAAAGACAGAAUUCCUACUUUUAGCUGUGGUUUUAUUACUGUAGUGUGAAGAUUAUACUUCACAGUUUUCUAGUGUACUUUGUAGUCACUCAUUUUAUGGGAUUUUAAGGGCUUUGAAGUCUUAAUGGUGCUAUUGUCUACCUUUUAGAUUUACAACUUACUUCCUAAAACCUAAAAUAGUAUUUUAUUGUCAUAUAAUACAUACCUGUAGCUGGAUUUUGGUAGAUGAAUAGUAAAUCAUGAAACGAUUGUCAUAAAAAUAAACAUAGUGUAGUUAAAAACCAUUUUUCAAAAAUGUUGAAGUUGAUGUUCUCUUUAAACAGUAUUUUAGUAUAUAGUUACUUACAUUUCAGACAAGUGUAUUUUCUUUCUGUAACCUUUUUAUGUACGUAGUCAGUGAAUAAUCAUGAUAUAAUGUUUAAUUUUUUAAUGUUUUGUACUUUAGCAAGGGCUGCAAAUGUGUAAAUGAGCAAAAAAAAUAUAAAGAUGGAAAACUGUAUAAGUUUAAAUCAAAGCAGUUGAAAUAUGGAGGAUGUCCAAAGCUAUGGUGAAACUUCUUAUCACAACUAUUCUUACUCAGUCAAACUUACAGUCUGACAGACAGUUCAUAUGUUUUGUUGGUAAUGUGAUAUUCUUCUUCCUGCUCCAUAUGUAUCUUUAAAAACGUUUGGAGCUAUAAAAGGACUGUGAUCAUACUAAGAUUGUAGUAAUGUCAUGCUUAAGCAUUCUUUUUAAAUUCAAUGACAGCAAGUAAAAUACAAUGUUACAUUUUAUAUUUUCAACUCAAUACCUUAUCUAUUGUUUUACUGUGUAUGCUCAGAAUUGUCCGAGGGACUUGCUCUCUUGCUUCAGACAAAACUGUUAUUGAGACAUCUCAUAAGAUUUUUAGCCUGCAAUUUCUUUCUUCCUCUGGUUGAGAAGCAUCACCGCUUUGCUCCAAACUUCCUACCAACAAUAUGCCAAAGUAAAUAACUCACAAUGUGAGGUAUCACAGCUGGUAAUGUGAAUCUUGUCAUUCUAAUCCAGCACAACCAUAUAUUAUUAAAUUGCAAAGGCAAGCCGAUUUAGUAUCUUCUUAAGCAAUAUAACAUUGGUCUUUUACUGACUUCAACUGGGACAUUUGUUCUGAAUUUUUUUCCUUCUUUCUAUGCAUUUCUGGUGACAUUUUGUGCUUCACAUAGUGAGAUGUGAGUGUUGGAAACUGGAUCAUUUUCCAAUUUAGGAACCCAGGACCAACUUGGAACAUUUCCAAGUUAGUCACAGAUUUAAGGCUUUCUUAGGUUAUGUCCAGAAGAUCCAUUUCCCUGGAAAAUGUCUCUCUUAUUCCCAACAAUCAGUAUUAAUCUCAACAUUAAAACACACUUCUGCUAUCACCAGUGUAAAAUUGUCACUUCUCAAUCUCUAUUUGUAAGGUUUCAAAAUCUAAUACCAAUUUAAUACCUAAGCAUGGGAGACUUUGUGCUGUGGAUUCUAAUAUCAUCACAAAAUGCUUUAUUCAUAGAUUUUGAAAGAAAAAUCAGCAACUUUGUUUUGUAUGAUGAUUUUGACUGGGAUUAAACUUUGGAUGUAAAAUGGUCAAAUUUAAAAUCAGCUAAGUAAGUAGCACAGAUAUUUAACAUGUAAUUUAAACCAGAUUGUAAUUCAGUUCCAUUAAAUUUUACAGUUCACUUUUACAAACAUCUAACAACUGCCACAACAUUUAGUAAAUGAAAAUCCCUCUUAUUAAAUGAUAAUCUGCGUUUAAUACAAAUAAUUAUUAUGUGCACAUUCUCCCUACUGUAUUUAUUACAACUGAUGAGAAAAAUAACUGACCUCUCUAAAGAACUACAAUAAAAAGUAUGUUAUGUUCUCAUUACAGUUACAAAAAUAGGUGCUGAAAGAACUCUAUAGCUCCCUGAAAAUUCUACUGAAUUUAUCCUGGGAGAACCUUAGCCAUGCAGACUUGCAGCUCCCCAAUUACAUCCUUUGUAUUGAAUUAGUUUUCCUGACUACAAUACAGUGACUCAUGCAUAUGUUGCAAGUUGAAUGAGGGCAGGAUCAGGCUCAACUUUGAUCCCCACCUCAAUGCAUGGCAAUUUAGCCUGCCAGUAUUCAUUGCUGAGCCUUACUUUGACAAGGUACUAUGGAAUCAUACCUCAGAAAGAAAUUACUAAUACAUACAAGACAGGGAGACAAUUAGCAAGGGUAAAAUAAACAAAUUUUUAAAAUUCAGUGUGGACACUGCUGGUUCUGUUAACUUUGAAUACUGGAUUUUAACCUUUUAGAAUAAUCACAUAAAAUGAUUUCUUUUCUAGAAUAUGAUUACAUUUGUGUUAGCAAAAGGUACAUACAGGGAUUUCUGUGUUGAACAGCAUCCAUUGAGGUUUUCUUUCUUCCCGUUAGCAAACCUUUGCAGCAACCAAAACAAAAUGGAGCUAAGAACAGCUAAUUUAUGGUGUCAGUGAUACGCAGCAAGGAUAACUAGAAAUAAGAUCAUAGCCUGGCCUGAACUAUGUUCAAAUAACAGUAUUGAGUUAGUUUUUAAUAGCUGAUAUGUUACAGUUAGGCACAAGAUUCCAGGAUUAAGGAGAAGAAAGUCAGCCAGAGUUCUGUUCUUGACUUGUUUUAGAAAAACACAUAUAUAUUGAGUAAGAACAGGACUCAGAUUAGCUGUGAAGGAAAAUAGUUCUCUGACUAUUUAGGUUAACUUUAAACAGCAAUAUCUUAACUCCAGUGAAAUAAUAUGCUUAUUUAAAUUAAAGUACUUCUUUUUAGUGGAAUUCAUUUUAAACUGAAUAUUCUAUAUUUUUUAAAAUGUAUUCUUGGUAAGGAUCAUUUAAAUUCUUUAAAUUCCACUUAAAAAGUAUUAAUAUAAUGUUCAAGGAAUUGUUGAGAUGGUGUUAAUCGAUCUUGUGUGUUAAUUUCUUGAUAAUUUUGACUACCCUGUUCCAGUUAGUCAAAGGCCAUGAAUAGUAUUUAUAAUCUGCAAAGCACAUCUUAAAAUUGUAUCGACAAUGCACAGAUAACUAAAUGAAACCUGUACUAAUGGCCUAUAAGACUAGCAAUGUUUAUUUUCUAACCACAUCUUACUAGACAGUUUAUAAUUCUUUCAGCAAGGUAUUUAUCUUAUUCAGAAGCCCAAAUUUUAAGUCUUUAUUGUUUUUCCUUUUUAUGGAAUUAAUAACAUCAAUCACAAAGUUGAUAAUCAGGUUAGGCAAAAUUAAACACAAAGCAUUGGCCUGUGAAGAACCAUCACCACUAAAUUACAGCUCAAUUCUGAAUACUGUUUUGAGUUCUCUCUUUGUGGAAUCUAGAAGCACUAUUGCAUUGUGACAAACACUUGAAUACUUCCAUUACAUUUUUUAGUGAUUCUAAUUAGCAUCUAUUAAAAAAAAUUUAGAUGGAAAAACGUGACAGUUAAAGAGAUGUAGAAAUACUGUGACUGCAUAUUUUAAAACAGUCCACCGUAGUUUUCUUAAUAUUGAUGAAAAAUAAGAUUACCUGUUUUUGGCAACUCCUAAGCUGACAAUGUGUGCAUUUUAAACCGUAAACUACGCAAAAAUAUCAGUGGAACUAAUUCCGCUGUACUUGAACUCAUCUCUCCAUUCUUUGUUGAUUUAAAGUCAACACUGUUUACAACAUAUAAAAUGUAUAAUAUGGUGCAGCUACUGUACAUGGAAUCAUUUGUUUCAUAGUUUGUUUCAAAAUGAGCCAUCCUACAAAAAAAACUGUAGUGAUGACCCACAUGAGAACACUUCAAAAUUGUGAUUACUUUAUGUAAAAACCGUAAUAGUUUUUGUUUUAAACGUAUACAAAAUGUUUCCAUUGUGAAAAUGUGACAGUAUGAAAAUUUUGUUUUGGCAUGCAUCCCUAUCAUUUUUAAUAUAUGGUAAAAAGGAUUUAACUGUAUCCCCUGUAUGUGAGAUUAAGAGGUACAAAUUGUAGCACUGCUUGUCUGUUUACAAUAAAUAAUUUUCCUCCCUUU